CCCCGCUCCGUCAGGCAGCGUGGACGCCUGUGGUCCCUGCGUCCCUAACACGCGCUCCUCCCUGGUCACUCCUCGGACUCUCGUCUUGAUAUACAAAAGUGUAAUACCUCCACAAGAAACUUUGCAGUGGUAGUGAAAAUAGCGAUACUAAAAUGCUCAUAUAGCUUCAUGAUCCUGCAAAGCUGUGAGUAAUAACUACAUAUAAUGACUGCUAGUGUUUGAAUAUGAUUUUUUUUUUUGCAAUUAUGAAACAGAUAGUGCUGGUCACUUUAUGACGACUCGUAAAAUACACUGAAUGUGCUAUUCGAAUGUUUGUUAUAUUUUCGUGAGAAUGAACAAGUGGGAGUGAUGGUGUGAUUCAGUGCCUGCGGUCGACCUUUGACGCCAUUAUGUUGGUGCAGGUCAUGGCCAAGGUGGCACUGGCAUUACUACUAAUGGCCUGCCCUACAUUGGCCUGCUGGCCAGGCUAUGUGGACCAGGCCGUGGAACACGCUGACAUGGUACUUACAGCUAAAGUCACUCACAUUGGGCCAGAAAGGGGUCACAGCCGAAACAAAGUCUACAGUGUUGUGAAAAUCCAGGUGAAGGAAUUCUUAAAGGGAGAGAACCUGUACAAAAAAUACUUAAAAGCUUCACGCAUGGCUGAAGGAUCCCAAGAAGAGGAGGAGGAGCUUACUAUACUCGAAGAUCCUUUCGAUUUCACCCUUGACCUCUCUAGCGAAAAUUCACCCAUUGUUGACACUAUCAUGGGGGUGGAUGGGGUCACGGCUCUGGGUACGUGUAGUGGACGAGUGCGUGUGCGAGAUGUACAGAUAUUCUUCCUCGGUAUGAAAACUGAGACAGAGAUCAGCGAAGGUCACCGAGAAGCGACCUUCCAAGUGACCUCUCAGCCCGUCAAGAUCAACUUGGAUAUUCUAAGGCUCACCAAGGCGGCUAUACAAGGUAAGUGUAUGUGGAAGGGAUUUUUUUUUAUCCUCUUUAUCAGAUUCGGACCUGUCAAAAAUAGUGUAUUCAUAUUUAUGCAUCUUUUUACGGAUAGUAUAUUCAUUUUAUUUUCUAGAAUUGUCAAUUCCUUGGCAAGGAAAUUAUUUUAUAAUAAUGCUAAACACUGA